AUGAAGAGAACCAACUCGGAGAGAGCUAGCCUGGAGUUGGAGGGACCAGGCGAGGACGCCGAUCGGCUCCGAGCUUUGCGAUCGCUGCGGCGUAAGCGCAACAAGCCAGAGGACUGGAUGUCUGGUACCUUCCACCAGUACGAUAUCUCCGAUGUCGUCGGGGCUGGCACGUUUGGUCAGGUUUACAAGGCCACCCGGACGCGAGAUGGCAAGCUGGUGGCCCUCAAGUGCAUCAAGCAGGAGGACGGCGAUGGGAAAGGGUUCCCGGUCACGGCCAUGAGGGAGAUGAGGAUAUUACGCCAGCUCAAACACGAGAACAUUGUGGACCUGAUAGAGGUAAUCAUCGACGGCAACCCCACCCCGGGACGCCUCUCGACGGUGGCGCUGGUCUUCGAGUACUUGGACCACGACUUGAGCGGGCUACUGGACACCCCGGAGGCGGCCAAUCAGAUCACGCCGCCCGUCGCCAAGUCUUUCAUGAUGCAGCUCUCGGCAGGGGUCGCGUACAUGCACGACAAGGACAUCAUUCACCGCGACCUCAAGGGCGCAAACCUGCUCAUCUCAAACACAGGGCACCUUAAGAUCGCAGACUGGGGGCUCGCCAGGCGGGUGUACGAGAUGCAAGACAAGUACACUACCAAGGUCAUCACGCUGUGGUACCGACCGCCGGAGCUUCUCCUCAAGUCUGCUGUGUACGGGUCGCCGGUUGACCUGUGGUCCGUCGGCUGCAUCGUGGGCGAGCUGCUGACGAGAUCGUCCAUCUUCCCGGGAAAGAACGAGUCCGACCAGCUCAGCCUCAUCUUCGACACGCUCGGCACGCCCACCUCCCACACCUGGCCCGGCUGGAAGGAGCUGCCAGACUCCGACCACUGGCGGGAGUCCGUGAGGGAUCACCCCCGCCCCUCGAAUAUGCGGGAGAGGUUCUCAAAGUACGGUGAUGUGGUGCUGGAUCUUCUGGUGGGAUUGCUCGCACUCGACCCCAAGAGGCGCCUCACAGCCAAGCAGACUCUCGAACACCCCUACUUCCACACCAAGCCGCUCCCUGCGGUGCCCGGAAUGGUGACGCUGAACUUGCACUCAUGCCACGAGUACGAGGCCAAGAUUCGAAAAAAGGACAGCAAGAAAUCUGCAAAAGGAAGCUACCACAGCGCAGCUGGUGGUUCGAAAACCAAGGUGACGUCGGCCCGCAAAUCAGCCGCAGUUAGUCAGCACCGACACUCCUCCCAGCAUCAAGCUUUGAGACAGCAAAAUCAACAGAAAGGACCGGGGAUGCAGAUAUCCUUGCCGCAACCGGGGCUUGUCGCCCACGCUCGGCCGCCGGCGGCGGCGGCGGCAGCGGCGGCUGCCGUUCACCCGCAUCACCCCCCGCUCCACCACGCCCAACACCCCAUCAACAGCCUGGUGCUUAGCGCGACGACCACGUCGGGACGAACGCCUCCACCACAGGCACGUCAACAACUCCCGCCGCCGCCGCUACACCAGCAGCUGCCGCCCCCGGGAGGCCGGGGCUCCCACAAUUGGGGACGAUGAAUGAAGCACAUGCGUUUGGCUGUGCUCUUCUCGUAUGUAGCACUGACAUUUUGGCGCGGUUAGUCACAACACACAGCGAAGAGCUCUUGAUUGACUAGAGGCCAGGGCCUCUGUGCAAAUCUAAGAUCACGCAUGUGGUUGGGGGCUAUGUUUUUGUGUUGAAGUAAUUUUGAGGCAACCCUGUGAUGGUUCGUUGCCAUGAGUUGCUUGGUGUUGUCGUCAGAGGCUAGGUUAUGACGUCAUGCGGACGGAGAUGCACGAGUGGUGGUGUUUCUGUCAGCUGCUGGUUUGGUGUAGAUGGACUCUUCGGGCUGCAUGAUGAUGUCGAAAACUUCGUCCGCGGGUCAGCAAAGAAAAAUAAGCGGGAACAACCUGCAUCUCUG